AUGCAUAGUUUUUCCCUAUUCAAGGAUCAAAACGUUCCAAACGGUGGCACACCAUUUGGAGCUGAUCGGUACGCGGCCACAGCCGCUGCGGUAGCUGCAGGAGCCGGGUCGAUGAACCAUGGCAAUGGACCGCCAAAGCAUGCUCAACUGGCUGGUGUACAGCAACAAGAAUGGCAGCAGCCUCGAUCCCCUUCACAACAGCAGCCAACGGGUCAUUCACAGCAACAACCAGAAGGUCAAUCACAAGCUCAACAGCAGCAGCUUCCACCCCAACAAAUACCACAACAGCAACUCCCACCGCAUCCUUAUGCGGCUGCUUAUCCUCCGCAGUUCAUGCAGGGUAGACCACCUGGUUACCCCAUGUAUCCUGGCUAUCCGGGAAUGCCUCCUGCACAACCUGGAUAUCCCGGAGCUCCCGUCGGCUACCCGGCACACCUGAUGCGACCGCAGCAACCGGAACUCGUUCGAAUGCCACAAGGACCUACACCAGCCGAAUGGGCAGCUCAGCAACAGCGGGCAAUGAAGGAAGCCAAUCCACCAACUCCUGCGAGCAUGCCAGCUCCUAGCCCCGCUGCUUCUUCCAUAGCUGAUGACUCUAUGGACGAUAAAUCCCGAUUAGAAUCGCCAAGUUGGGCUAAUCAGGGACAGCGCACUCCUCUUCCACCUGGAGCACCAGCCCCAACAGCUACUCCGCAAAUGCAUGCGGGCGGACCACCACCUCCCGGUGGAAUGAUGAUGCAUCCAGGAAUGAUGCCACCGCAAGGUAUGAUGCCUCCGGUGAUGCAGCCAACCCCACCCUCGGGACCCAGAAAAGAAAGUAUCGUCGAUAAACUUGUGGGCCCACCCAAUGCGGCAAAUCCGCCAAGAGUCAUGCCAGAACGGCGCAUGUUUUUUGAGCGCCUUGUACAGUUUUGUGAGCAACAUGGAGAGCCGAUAACCAUGAUACCACAGGUGGGAUCCCACUAG